CGGUCCCAGCCAGUCCACGAAUCGACCGUGUUCCCGAAGGCAGUCCGCACACGCGCGUCCCUGUAUCUCACUCUCUCUCCAUCUCUCUCUCUCGCUCUGUCCGGGCUCGAAGCGAAGAUGAAGCUCAGCGUGGCACUGCUGUUGUUCGCCGUCGUGGCCGUCCUCGGCGCCGACGAGAAGGCGGAGGAGCGCCCGAAGACCUUCCGCAGGCUCAUCCCCGCCGACGUUCUCAGGGACUUCCCGGGCAUGUGCUUCGCCUCGACCAAGUGCGCGACGAUCGAGCCCAAGCAGUCCUGGGAGCUGACGCCGUUCUGCGGGCGGUCGACCUGCGUGCCGGCCGACGACAACAGCGGACGCCUGUUCGAGCUCGUCGAGGACUGCGGCCCGCUGCCCAAGGCCAACGACAAGUGCAAGCUCAGCGACAAGACCAAGAAGGAGGCCGCCUUCCCCGAGUGCUGCCCGAUCUUCGAGUGCCAGGACGGCGCCAAGCUGGAGUACCCCGAGAUCCCGACUCUCGCGCCACCGAGCGCCGAGGAGGCCGAGGCCAUCGCCAAGGUCGCCGGCAAGGCCGCUUAGCUUGCGCGAAUCCACGCUGACGAUCGUGGACAGUUCGACUUGUUUGUUUGUUUUUUUUUCUUCUUCUUUCUUUCUACGAUCAUUUCACUUAACCCGAGACCCUCUUCCUCCUUUUUUUCUUUCGUCGCCGCGUGAGAGGCAAACGAAACGAGUAUGAUAAUGAGAGCCGAGCGUACGGCGAUCGUCGCGCGACCGCUACGUGCGCGACAGAAGUGAAAAGGCAAACGGACGCGAAACGCUUGCGGUGCGUCACGUACCACUUAUACACGUGUAACACAGAAUCGUCAUGGUUUUUGUUCUUCCGCGUUACGUAACCGAGAUUUUUAUACGUAUAUAGCCGACGCCAAGAUGCAUACAGAAAAAUAUAUGUGUGAUUGUAAUUUUUAAGUGAUUCUAUUAAAAAAAAUAUCAGUAUUUAAUUUUAUCCAAA